AUGCCUUUUCCGAGCAUUGCUAACUCCAAUUCCAGUGCAGGAUCGCGACUCGCUCGCCCAUGUCGACUUCCGCUUACCGGGACACUAACGCAGUACAUGCCCAUGCACAUCCGCAUGAACAGCUCAUCGUCAGAGAAAGCCCUGCAGGAUCGAUACCAACAAUUGAAAUAUAUAUGUGGGGAUCCAUACCCUCGCUUUAAAGUGAAACCAAACACAAUGACCUUGUCCGAGUUCCGCUCGCGAUAUGGCGAACUCGCCAACAAGGAUACAGUAGAAACUACGGUCUCCGUCGCUGGUAGGGUCCAUACCUCUAGAAUCGCCGGAAGCAAGCUGGUCUUCUUCGAUUUGUGGCAAGAAGACCAUAAAGUCCAGGUGAUGUGCAACAUCCAGAGUGUCGCCUCUGCCGAAUUCAAAAGAUUCUUCCGCCUACUGCGUCGUGGUGACACCUUCUCUGUAACCGGUAAACCGCACCGCACUGCCCGAGGUGAACUCACCAUCGAUGCUACUGAGCUUCCGACGCUGUUGUCGACUUGUUUCCAUGAUAUUCCUGUUCACGAUACAAAGCAUGAGGUCUCGCCUUUCCCUCGCCAUGUCCAGUUCUUGGCCGAUCGUCCCACGAUGGAUAUCAUCAAGGCUCGCUCGGCUCUCACCCAGUACCUGCGUUCGUUCUUGUUAGAACGCUCCUUCAUGGAGGUCAAUACCCCGAUUGUUGAAGGUGUGGCCGGCGGUGCCGUUGCUCGGCCGUUCUAUACGACUGCCUCGGAAUUCUCAGACCGCCAGCUGUCGCUGAGAAUUGCGCCAGAGUUAUGGCUUAAGCGUAUGGUUGUUGGUGGAUUUGACAAGGUGUUUGAGAUUGGACCGUCAUUCCGAAAUGAAGGCUUGGACAAGACACACAACCCAGAGUUUACGACCUGCGAAUUCUACUACGCCUACGCCAACCUCGACCACCUCAUAAACAUGACCGAAGAGCUUCUCUCAGGGGCAGCCGCCCUAGCUCAAACAUUGAACACAGCAGGCACACUCAACCCAACAACAGCUAACUUCACAGCCCCCUUCCGCCGCAUCGACUUCAUCACCGGCAUUGAAGAAGCUAUCAACCGCAAACUCCCCAACCUGGAAGACCCCUCAGCCCUCGACAUAGUCCGCAAAAUCUUCACCGACCUCUCCCUUCCUGUGCCCCAAAACCCCUCCCUCCCCCGCCUCCUCGACGAGCUCUGCAGUCAAUACGUCGAGCCCCAAUGCAUCGACCCAACCUUCAUCAUCAACCCACCGGAAUGCCUCUCCCCACUCUCCAAAUCAUUCAUCCACCCCGUCACAAAGCAGCGCGUCGCCGCACGAGGCGAGCUCUUCAUUGAAGGCAAGGAACUAAUUAAUACAUAUGAAGAGGAGAACUCGCCGUUCGAACAGCGCCGCAAAUUCGAGGAUCAGAUGCGUUUCAGCAAGGACGCUAAUGAGCCCGGCGAGAUCGAUGAGAGCUAUCUCGAAGCCCUGGAAUGGGGUUUGCCUCCUACUGGUGGAUGGGGAUGUGGUAUCGACCGUCUGGCUAUGUUUUUUACGGGUGCCAAGCGCAUCGGCGAUGUCCUUCCCUUUGGGAACCUUCGUGCUGUGACGAGACGGGCUGGACAGGUUGAGUAA